AUGUUCUGGAAAUAUGAAUGGUCGAAGCAUGGAACAUGUUACUACGAUGGGAAGAAGCAUAGGCAAUUUACAUACUUCAAUACAGCAUACAAGUUUUGGAAUGGAUUUAACCUUUUUAAUACACUCAAGGCAGAAGGGAUUGUCCCUGUUUCAGGAUUAGGCAAGCAGUACACUACAGAGGCUGCAACAAAAGCCAUCAAAAAGCACUACACCAAAGACACUGUUACAUUCACUCCUCGAUUCAUGUGUUCUAAUUCUCCACCAAAUGAGUUAUAUGAAAUUAUUAUGUGUUUGGAUCAUGACGGAAUGAGUGCCAUCAACUGUACAAUGCCUUCAUCUUAUGGCAACUUAUUUGUAUGGAGAUUAGAAUUAUAA